AUGCUGCCCCCCAGCGACGCCUCCGCUGGUGACUGCGGGUCCCCAAGCGGAGGCCUUCGGGCGCCAGAUCCGCUGGAGUUCGCCCGCUCCCUCGUCGCCUGGCACCUCCGCGGCUUCCCAGAGCUCGGCGACACUGGCGGCUGCGGCAUGGGCCGCACCACUGCUCGUGUCGUCGACGAUCAGGCCUUCCUGCACGACCCGCGCGCUGCGGCACGCCUCGCGUGGGAGACGACCGGCCGCUGCCUGGCACCGAACGGCGCCCUCAUGCGCGCCGCGAUCACCGGGAUACGCGGGACACGGUUCGCCGCACAGGACGCGGCUGCGAUCGCAGAGGUCACGCAUGCGGACCCUCGCUCCACCGCCGCCUGCGUCGCCGUGGCAACCGCGACGGCUCUCAUGCUCGAGGGCGUGGGGCGCACGCCAGCUGGGGGCUGGGAUGCCGGAGUGCUCGCCGCAGGGGCGCUGGCCGCCGCCGAGCGCCACCUGCCCGAUGCGUCCGAGCUCGGCGUCCCCCCGCCUCAGGAGGCCGCCGAGCGCGCCUACGACCGCGGGCCCGCGCUGGCGGAGCUGCGAGCCGCCGUGCUGGGCGCGGGACAGCCAGGCGCGGGGGCGGCGAAAGGCUGGCCCAGGAUGGACGGGCCUCUGAUGGGCUACGUCAACACGUGCCUAGCCGCGGGCUUCUGCGCGCUGCGGGCCGCCUGUGCCGGGGGCCGCCCGGUGGAGGAGGCCGCGUUCUGCAGCGCCGUGCACGCGCUCACCAUGGCCGCGGGCGACGCGGACACGAACGCUGCCGUGGCCGGAGCGCUGCUCGGCUGUGCGGCAGGUGCGCGUCGGUUGCCGGCCGAGUGGCUGAGGGCGUGUCCUCACCACGACUGGCUGGAGAAGAUCGCGGACGCCUUGGUGGAAGCCGCUCUGGGGCCUGACCAGUGCUCGAGUGGCUGCGAGGUCGCCACGAGCUUCGUGCCCGCGGACCCUCGCCACGCCGUGGACGACGGCGCCCCGUUUCUCGUGGAGACG